AUGGUGGCAGUUAUACUGAGUUUCCAAUGGGUUGAUGAGGUCAGACCAGACAGACUGAAGGAGCUGCUGCUGAAGGAGAGAUCAGGACGCUCUGAACUGCAAACUCGUGUUGAGGAGCUGGAGACAAGGUGUGAGACUCUAACCCAGCAGCUGGAGCAGGCCCGAAGCAAUGAAAAACAACACAGAGCUGCGCUUCGUAGACUAGAGGAAACCGUCUCCCAUGGAGACUCUCUCAGGGCUUGCCAGCAGGCUGAGAAGAUGAAAUGUCACCAGGAGCUGGAGAACAAGGCAGCAGCUUUGAGGAGAGAGCUGGACCUCCAGAGGGUCUCAGUUCAACAACACAAAGAUAAACUGCAGCAGCUGCAUGAACUGCUGGCAUCCAGGGAGCAGGAGCACAGGAAACAGCUGGAGCAGCGAUUGCAGCCCAGCGGGGCAGAUUUCCAGCAAGCAGUGUCAAAGGAAGUAGCAGCAGUGGAACAGAGACAUCAGCAGAGGGAGGCGGAGCUGCAGGAGAAGCUGACAGAAGGCAGGAAACAAUACGCUGCUUUGGAAGAUGAAUUCCGGAUGGCACUAAAGAUUGAGGCGACUCGCUUCUCUGAGGUGAAAGAGGCUUGUGAUCACAUGACUGCAGAACUGAUGGAGCUCAAGGCGACCCUUUCUCAGGCCCAGCAAAGAGAGAGGAAAUCAGGCUCUCUGGUGCAGCAACUCACCGCUAUGGUGAAAGAGCAGAAGAACCGCAUCUCUGAGCUGAUCAAAGCCAAGAAAGAUGCUGUCGUUGAGCUCAAGAGCCGUAUCCAUUCCCUGGAAGCAGAGGUAGAGCAAAGCCAGCGUUUUGGGCUGCAGCUCGAGACACUAAAGAAAGAAAAAGGUCAACUGGUAUCUCAGCUCAUGGCUCAGGAGUCGGUCAUUGAUGGCCUCAGGGCUGAGAGGAGGAUUUGGGGCCAGGAGCUUGCUCAGCAGGGUGCGUCAUUGGCUCAGGAUCGGGGACGUUUAGAGGCCAGGAUAGAGGUGCUGACUGCUGAGCUGGAGACUCAGAGAAAGCAGAACAACAGAGACCAUGACGCCCUUAGAAUCAAAACCAAAAUCAUGGAUGACCAGACAGAAACCAUACGCAAACUGAAAGAGUCCUUGCAGGAACGUGACAAUCUGAUCCGCAGGUUGAAGGAGGAAGCUGUGCAGACCCAAAAACAGUUUCAGCAGCAGCUGGAGGAAGGGACAAGCCUGCAGGCUGAGCUGAAGGACCAGCUGGAGCAUCUUAGCCUGCGUAAAGAGGAGCUGAAGCAGCAGCUGGAAGACAAGGAAGCAGAGCUGAAGGAUGUCAAGAGAGUUUACAGUCAUUCAAACAAGAAGUGGCAGGAGAAAGCUGAGCUGCUAACACAACUAGAAAGCCAAGUGAAGCAAAUGAAGGAAAACUUUGAUUCUAAGGAGCGCCAGCUGCUGGAGGAAAAGGAUAAAGCAUCAGAGGCACACAAAGCUGCAGUUGACAAGCUGCGCUGUGUGGAUGAUGCUUUUCGUCGACAACUGGAGUCUGUCCAAGCUGCACAUCAAGCAGAGCUGCUGCGGAUGGCUAAUGAAAAGGAGAAGCAAAUAGAACAAGCAAAUCUGAGGGUUUAUGUGGUAGAGGAAGAGAUGCGUCAACUACUGGAGGAGACGGAGGCUAACAAGAGAGUCAUGGAGGAAAAAAUGAAGCGUCUCACUAGUUUCCUAAACGACUUUAACACAUAAAAUAUCCAUAUCAAACCCCUUGAAAGUUUCUAUUCUAAAUGUGUUUUUACAAAUACAACAGUAUUUUUUGUAUAUUUGUAUAGUCUUUGUUUUUAUAUGGUUUGUCAAAUAAAUUUUCUUAUGACGGCACACACAAUUCUUCUU